CCAUGAAAUUGCUUGUGAACACAAGCCAAAUAUAGAAGAAAUAUUUCGCAAACAGUUUUAAACUUUUUAUAUUGACUUUUUCAUUAUCGAUAUGUAAAGAGGGCUUCAUAACUAGACAGCACAUUGAUAUAAAUACCACAAACAUCGCGUACAUGCGAUAGAUCGACUGUGCAGUGUUGUUAAGCAUGUGCGCACUUCAAGCGUUUAACAGCACAUACUCAGCGCAUUAUUUUCGUGUCUGCAGUUGAUUUUCACAAACAAUUGCAAUUUUAUAAAACAUAAAUAAAUAAGUAAAUUAAAACAGCAAAAUGAAUGCACCGCCCACAUUUGAAUCGUUUCUGCUGUAUGAGGGCGAGAAAAAAAUAAUCAAGGAAUUGGAUACGAAGGUGACAAAUGCGGCGAUAUUCACCAUCAACAAGGAAGAUCACACGCUGGGCAACAUGAUUCGCAACCAAUUGUUAAAAGAUCCAAAUGUUCUGUUUGCCGGCUACAAAGUGCCGCAUCCGCUGGAACAUAAAUUCGUGAUUCGCAUUCAGACAACGGCCGAUUAUUCACCACAGGAAGCAUUCAUGAAUGCCAUCACUGAUCUGCUGGCGGAACUAUCGCUCUUCGAGGAGCGAUUUAAGGAUGCUAUUAAGGAGAAAAAGGAGGGCGGCGAUUAGUUUUACACAUUUUUAUUUUCGACAAGAAAUUUACGAAACAAUAGAAAUAUAUAUAUUUUCACUAAUUUGUAUAAAUAAAUAAAAGUAAUAUAUGCUAUUAGUGAAAUGUAAUAGUUUCUCAGCUGAGGUAAAAGAAAAAAACAGA